AUGCGUGAACAAUCCGUGGAGACCAAUGCCAUUGGUCUCAAGGCCUAUGAGGAGAAUUUCACGAAAGCACAUAAUCUCAAGCGUCUAGCUCUCGGAUUUGGCGUUAUAUUCGGGUGCCAAUGCACCAGCACCUUGGUUAUUGAUUAUUACGCCGUAUCCCUGUAUUCGAGUAUCGGGUACACAAUUCGGCGGGCCUUUCUACUUUCUGCCGGAUACGUGACGGUGUCUAUCCUAGGCAAUGCAAUUACUGCAACCCUUGUAGAUCGUGGUGGCCGAGUAAAUUUAUUGAGAACCGCGGCCGGGACAAUCGCAUUCCUAUUUAUGCACAUUUUCUUCUACGCCAGCUUUCUCGAUGCCACAACCGCGAUUGACGUGUCUGAGAUCUUCCCCACUCGUCUCCGAGCACGAUACUACAUUGUAUUCACGGUGCUCACAUUCACCAUUGCCAUCCGGCUCUGGCUCUUCUUCCUCGAUACGGAAGGCCUCAGCCUUGAGGAGGUCGCGAAAGUCUUCGACGAUCCUAUUACGGCUGGCACUCACGUCGUGGGAAAAGACGGUGACUUUUACGUAACUACUAACUCCUCCUCCAACAAACCCGAGGAUGACAUCGAGGACGAGGAGCAUUUCAGCUUCGCUCAAGGUUUAAUUACAAGGCUGUGCGGGUCUUCAGUAGCCCAGGUGUGA